CCCCGCACCGACUGUCACUGCUGUCCUUCAUGGAACCGCCAUCCUUCCCUGUUCAGUCCCAUUUAUAUCUGGCACAGAGGAUCUGCUGGUGUCAUGGGCGAAGAAGAUCGGCACAAAACCAUCCUUGGUGCUUCACACCUUUAUUGAAGGACAAUUUAAUUUAACGUACCAGGCUCCUCAGUACAGCGGUCGCACCAACAUGACUCCUGACUUGUCUAACGGGAGACUGGACCUGACUCUGACCCGCGUGGAGCAUCGUGACGAAGGAGUUUAUGUCUGUCAAGUGACCAACCCGGUGGAUUACAGAGACAUUGAGGUCAGACUGACGGUUAUCGCUCCAGUGUCAGAUCCGCUCCUGAAUCUCUCUUGCCGUCCGGAUGGCAGCGCUGAGAUCUCCUGCCGGGCCCAGAACGGAUCAGAUCCGACAUACUCACUGAGUGUGAAUGGAAGGAUAAAGCUGAAGGAUUUUCACUCUUCAGUGAGUGGGAGUGGAGUUAACAUCACCGUGUCCUCAGCCGCCCCGUGGAAUAUCAGCUGCUCAGUGAGGACCCGGAUCAGUGAGAGAAAUUCCAGCCUGAUUUCCGAGUCCUGCCCCGGUUCCGUACCGACUGUCACUGCUGUCCUUCAUGGAACCGCCGUCCUUCCCUGUUCAGUCCCAUUUAUAUCUGGCACAGAGGAUCUGCUGGUGUCAUGGGUGAAGAAGAUCGGCACUAAACCAUCCCUGGUGCUUCUCGCCUUUAAUGAAGGACAAUUCGAUUUAAAGCACCAGGCUCCUCAGUACAGAGGUCGCACCAACAUGUCUCCUGACUUGUCUAACGGGAGACUGGACCUGACUCUGACCCACGUGAAGCAUCGUGACGAAGGAGUUUAUGUCUGUCAAGUGAUGAACACGGCCAAUCACAGAGACACCGAGGUCAGACUGACGGUUAUUGCUCCAGUGUCAGAUCCGCUCCUGAAUCUCUCUUGCCGUCCGGAUGGCAGCGCUGAGAUCUCCUGCUGGACCCAGAACGGAUCAGAUCCAGUGUACUCACUGAGUGUGAAUGGAAGGAUAGAGCUGGAGGAUUUUCACUCCUCAGUGAGUGGGAGUGGAGUUAACAUCACCGUGUCCUCAGCCGCCGCGUGGAAUAUCAGCUGCUCAGUGAGGAACCGGAUCAGUGAGAGAAAUUCCAGCCUGAUUUCCGAGUCCUGCCCCGAGAGCGGAGCAUCUGGAGGUGACCGAGGCCGCCGUGGGCUGUGGAUAUGCGUCGGGCUCCUUUGUACAGCGGGUGGUCUUCUAGGCUGUUGCUGUUUCUAUCGCUGAAGGUGAGUCCCCCACACCGGCAGCACCGGCCGUGUCUCAGCGCAAGCAUUUCAUUCAUUUCAUUUUCUGUAACUUUGUAUCCUUGGGAAAUUCUGCUUUUUUCAAAUUUCACAUGAAAUCUCCGGAGAUGAAGAUCUUUAUCCCAUAUUAACCAAAUUUCUAUAAUUUCAUAUUAAGUAGACAGGGAAAGUUGAGUUAUUAUUGAAUGUAAAUGGCCAACAUUUGUAACUUUUACCGUAUCACGCUG